AUGUCUGACGACACGAUACUGAUGGACACCGGUUUGCCCGAGGGCGGCCUUCCCGCAAUGGCCCUGCUGCCGCCAGGACUGGCCAGUGCCAGAUCUGCCCAUGAUGAAGCACGGCGCAUCUCGACAGAGCUCCGUGUGGCAUUCGAAGCCCUGUCUCGUGAAGUUGAGCCGGAGGUCGAGCCGAACGAGGAGGAGGGAGAGCCGGACCCUAAAGCCGCCCGUCAGCUGGCACUUCUAGGAGUUGAGCUGGCUUCAAGAGAGAAGAAUGCGCUGGAGCUGGAGCGCACUGUCAUUGCCGAAGAGCGGGAUUCUGGCAUAAUAAAUGGCAAGACGGCAACGGUACGCCUCCAUGACCUGAACAAGCGCUACCUAUCUGCCGGAGACGACUUGUGGAGGCAUCAAAAGAAAAAGAUACGCUCCGACGACACCGGAUUGGUACGAUUGUUUGAUCCACGUUCGAACCAAGUUUCUGAAUGUAUUCUGGCGAUCUACAAGAAGUGUGAUGGGCUCGAGAAGAUGCCAAGACGGCCAAGUCAUUGGGGCGCAGAUGCCAGGAAGUGGUACUCAGGCAACGGCGAUGAGCAUGGGCUAGAAGCACAAGAGUGUACUUGGUGUCAUAUAAGCGGCCAAUGGCAUCCGAAAUCGGACAUCGAAGCCGCACGCAUCGUACCUUUCUUCCCCGACGUUGCAGAAAUUGGCGAGAUACUGUUCGGGAGCAAGAAGGAAUCACUCAUACGAGAAGGAAAUUCACUUCUCAUGUCGAAGCUUAUUAAGAGUUGGUUCGACAAGUAUGAUCUUGUAAUCGUUCCUGUCGAUGUGAACGAAUUGCCCAUCACAAGAUGGAAAACAGAGCUGCUCAACCGCCACAUGAGAAAAUGCUACUACACCGCGUCACACAUGGCUGAAGAGCUCGAUGGAAAGGAAUUGGUGUUCCUAAACGACAAUCGUCCGGUCUCACGUUUCGUCUACUUCCAUUUCGUCAUGGCGCUGAUCCGCAUCAAGGAUACCAAGAAGGACGGUUGGGAGAAUGUCUGGGCUCGUUACUACGAGCAACGUCCUUUCCCAACACCAGGACCUUACAUGCGAAGAAGCAUGCUACUUGCGCUUGCUACUCAUUUUGGGGCUGCCGAUAUGAAUGUGGUUGAAUCCUGGAUCCAGGACAACGGCUUUGAGUCACCAUUGAAGCUGACCGAGGACGAGACCACAGAAGUGGCCCGCCGAGUGCAUGAGACGGUAGAAGCGGCCUAUGCUCGCGCGGAACAUCUGGAGGACCCAGAUCACGGCGACCCCGAGGACGUAUCGGAUGACAACUCUGAACAAUAG